AUGGGUUUGGCAGGGACCAAGGUGAAACAGAGGUUUGGACUGGAUCCAAGAAACACUAACUGGUCAAAUGACACAGACAGGUUUGGCCACCAGUACCUUGAGAAGAUGGGCUGGAAGCCUGGCAAAGGUCUUGGACUUGUGGAACAUGCCAUGACUUCUCAUGUGAAAGUGUCUAUAAAGACUGAUAAUACUGGUCUAGGGUCUAAGCUUGCAAAGAAGAGAAAGAACGAUGAGUUUGACAGUGGAGAAUGUGCUGGACUUGAUGUGUUUCAGAGAAUCUUGGGCCGUUUGAACGGUAAGGAAGAACAGAUCAACAAUGAGUUGGAGAGACAGAGAAAGGAAGGUAUUAUCAAUGGAAAGUGGGGAAUGCAUUUUGUCAAAGGCGACACUUUGAAGUCUACCUGGGAUGCUGAAUGUAAACAGCUCAUGCAAGGCGAGAAGAGAAAGGCUGAAGAAAGCGAAGCUCCACGCAAGAGAUCCAAGAAGGACAGCUCUGACAGUGAAUCCAAGAGCGACAAGAAGAAGUCCAAGAAGGAAAAAAAGGAGAAGCUGGACAAGAAGUCUAAGAGCCUAGAUAAGGAAAAGAAGGAGAAGAAAGAAAAGUCUGAAAAGAAGGAGAAGUCUGACAAGAAAGAGAAGAAAGAGAAGAAACUGAAAUCUGAAAAGAAAGAAAAGUCUUCCAAGAAGAGCAAGCUGAAAAGUGACGACGAAAAAAGCAGCAAAAGCUCAAGCAAGGACAAGAAGUCGAAAGACAAAAAGUCCAAGAAAGACAAGAGCGCUGACGCUGAAGAAGUCACCAGAGACAGCAUGUUAAAGCCAAGGGAACAGGCUAAAGAAGAGAUCGCCACGAGACUCUCAGCCAGAGCCAAAUGGAUCAGGCAGAAGAGAGCGUCAGUCAUGGACGCCAAAGCACUCAACGAGAUUUUCAUGAUUGCAAAUUAA